AGAGAGAAAGAGAGAAGAGUAAAUAGCGCAUGUGUCAUACACAAUUAUUAUCUAACCUUAGAAAAAAAAAAUUAAACAAAUGUGUAUUUUUUAUAAUUAAAUUGAAUUAAAUUAAAGUGAAAUAAACUGCGCCGGUCAAUCACACUCAUUUGUUAAAUCUACCUCAUAAUUAAAGUAUUAAAAAAAUUAACGAAUGAAGACCAAAAUCAAAAAGUACAUGACAAUUUAAUUCGAUAAGCAUACAAGUUUCCAAAAACAAAAAAAAAGACAACACAAGAUUUUGCAUUAUAAAAUUUAAGAUUUCAAAAGAUUAUGAGAUGUCUCCAACUGAUUCAUUUUCAUCAUCAACAAAUUCAUUUGAGGGACAAUCACAGUGGCCAUCAGGAAUGAAUAAAAAUUCUGAUUUAUCAUCAAUGAAACAACAACAAGAACCAAUUCAAGUAUAUCCAAUUGAUUUACAUCAAUAUGCAAGAGUUGAUAAAAUUCAUAUUGAUGGAUUAAAACGUACAAAAGAUGAUAUAGUAAAAGCACAAGUUAAUGAAUUAUUUGCUGCAAAAGAUUUUUAUAAUAUUAUUGAACAAUCACAAAAAGUUAAAUCAAAACUUGAAACACUUGGUUGUUUUAAAAAUAUUGGUGUUACAAUUGAUACAAGUAAAGGACCAGAUGCAACACCAGACGGUGUUGAAGUUACAUUUAAUGUACGUGAAUUAAAAUGGCUAAGUGGUGGUGUUAAUACAAUGGUUGGAAAUAAUGAAGGUUCAGUAUUAAUACAAGCUGAAACACCAAAUCUAUUUGGUAGAGGUGAAAGAUUAAAAAUGGAUUAUUCAUAUGGAUCAAAAAGUAGUUCAAAUAUAAAUAUAUCAGCUGUUAAACCAUUUGUUGAUAAUUGGCUUCAUAAAGUAUUAACUGGUACUAUUUUUACAAGUACAACAGAUGCACCUUGGUCUGGUUAUAAAGAAAAAAAUCAUGGUAUAUUAUUUGAUCUUGCUAUUAAUCCACCAGGUGCACUUAAACAUAAUUUUCAAUAUGAAGUUAAUUAUCGUGAUAUUAUUGCUGCAAAAUCAUCAUCAUUUUAUGUACGUGAACAAUGUGGACCAAGUUUAAAAUCAGCAUUACGACAUAUAUUAUCAAUUGAUAAAAGAGAUGAAAUAAUAUUUCCAACAAGUGGUAGUCUUGUUAAAUUUACAACUGAACUUGCUGGUCUUGGUGGUGAUAUUGGUUUUAUGAAAUAUAAUUUUGAAUUACAAAGUAAUUGGUCACCUCAUGAGUGCCUUACAUUCCAGUUGGGUGCACAAGCUGGAUUUAUGAGUGGUAUUAGUAAUGACAUGGCAAUAAGUAUUCCUGAUUAUUUUUUCCUUGGUGGUCCAAUGAAUUUACGUGGUUUUGCUAUGAGAGGAUGUGGACCAAGAUCAGAUGGUAAUGCUAUUGGUGGUAAUAGUUAUUGGGCACUUGCAUUACAUCUUUAUACACCAUUGCCAUUUGUUAAACCUGGAAAAAGUAGUUUUGCUGAUUUAUUUAAAAUACAUGCUUUUAUUAAUGGUGGAAAUUUAGGAAAUUUAAAAAAAGAUGGUGAUUAUUCAGAUAAUUUAAAAUUAUUCACUGACAAUGUAAGAUGGUCAACAGGUGCUGGUCUUGCUUUAAAACUUGGUGGAAUAGCACGUAUUGAAUUAAAUCUUGUUUGGCCAUUAGUUGUUGCAAGAAGUGAUAUAUUUCAACCUUAUCAAUUUGGCAUUGGAGUACAAUAUUUGUAAAAAAAUUUCAUUCAUUAUUUUCAAAAUAGUGCUUGUAUAAAAUUUUCACUCGUGGAUAAAAAUAUUUAUUCUAUUUUUUUUUUUUUUUAUUUUUUAUUACCUAUUUUGACAAUGAUAAAUAAUUUUAUUGUCAAAUGUUAAUAAUAUUUUUAUUCAUCGUAAAUUGUUAACGAAACAUCACAAAUGUCCAUAGUAUAUUGUAAUUAAAUAAAAUUCAAUGAGAUUUUAUAUUCACAUCAAAAGUUAAUUUAAUAUCUCAAUUUGUUUUAAAAGAAAUAAAUUUUAUUUUAAAAUGAAA